CCGCCGGGAGGGGGCACGGCGGGGCCGGGAGGGGCUCGCGGGAGCUGCCGGAGCGGAUGCCUUCACCUGGGGCUCUCCAUCAGUGAGCGAGGCGAGAAGAGGCGGUCGGGUCUGGAGAACUACCUCUGGAUGGUUUAAAAAAAAAAAAAAAAAAAAAGAAAAGAAAAAAAAAAAAAGAAUAAGGAAAAAACCCAACUCUGCAAUCCUCUGCUCCCCCAGGCUCAGCACCAUAAGGGACUGCUAUAUUUGAGGCUGUCAGAAGGAUGGGAGAGAGAGACUGAGAGUCAGGGCGAGAGAGACGGUUCCACAGCAGCGGCUAAGCUUUAAUGAAGAAACGUCAGCAUUAUUAACAACUACACAAAGAGGGACAGAAGACCUUUGUGACCAAGGAUGUGGUUGUCAUGGAAACUGUUGCUGUUUCUGUCACUCACUGGCUGUCUUUCAGAAUAUUCAGAAGCUGUUCCUGGUCUCCCCACUUCAUAUGCUGCUAUCCUAAGAAUCAAAUCUGGUAGUUCAUCUCUAACUUCAUUUAAUUCAAAGAAUAGACCACGAUUAAGCAGUCCUUCAUUAGGAAGUGUAUCUUCACCAGGCUGGAGAGGAGCUGCACAACAUUACCACUCCCCAACAAACCUCUAUCACUUUUCAGACACCUUCAAACAUGAUGAAAGUGUGGAUUAUGGACCAGUGUUUGUACAAGAGCCAGACGAUAUUAUUUUUCCAACUGAUUCUGAGGAAAAGAAAGUGUCUCUCAAUUGCCAAGCUCGUGGAAACCCUACUCCCACAUACAGAUGGCUUCGAAACGGAACUGAAAUCGACAUUGAAAGUGAUUAUCGCUUCAGUUUAAUAGAGGGAAGUUUGAUCAUCAACAACCCCAGUGAAAUGAAGGAUUCUGGACAGUAUCAGUGUUUAACUACAAACACAUUUGGCAGUAUUCUUAGCAGAGAGGCUGUUCUUCAGUUUGCAU